UUGCUAAGAGACAGGAUGUCUGCGUCGUGUCUCUGAAAACACAGAGGGAUACGUAUUCAGCUUUAUUAAAUUUGACGUUAUUUACAUUUGCUUAUGUAGCAUUUGAGUUCAAUAAUGCCGCUAACAACGAUUAAAGACGGCGAAUACACAGCCACCGUGUACAAAAUGAUCAAAGAAGGACGAUAUGGAGACGCAAUUAAUAUUCUGAGCAAAGAACAUCAGAAACACAAUAAAUCCAGGGCUGCUCUGUCUCUCCUAGGCUAUUGCUACUACCACAUGCAGGACUUCACUAAUGCAGCAGAAUGUUAUGAACAGCUGACGCAGCUUCAUCCAGAGGUCGAGGACUACAAACUUUACUAUGCCCAGUCUCUGUAUGGAGCGUGUGCCUUCCCAGAGGCCAUGAAAGCUACUUUUCUCUUGGACAGCACAACUAGUCAUACUAAGAUGAUUAAACUUCAAGCUGCCAUCACAUAUGGAGAGGAAGAUUUUUCAGGUGCAAAGACUCUGGUUGAGCAGUUGCCUCAGGAUGAUCCAGACUAUGAUGUGGAUCUCGGGUGUUUGCUUUAUAAGGAGGGCGAGUAUGAAGAGGCUUGCAUAAAGUUUAUGUCCUCCAUGAAUGUACUGGGCUACCAGCCAGAUCUGGCCUACAAUAUAGCACUUUGUUACUACAGUUUAAAGCAGUAUGCUUCAGCACUCAAAUAUAUUGCAGAAAUGAUUGAGCGUGGAAUCAGAGAGCAUCCAGAGCUCAGUAUUGGAAUGACAACAGAAGGCAUUGAUGUAAGAAGUGUUGGCAACACCCUUGUCCUUCAUGAAACUGCUUUGAUUGAAGCCUUUAAUCUGAAAGCAGCUAUUGAAUACCAGCUGAAAAACUAUGUUGCAGCACAAGAAGCACUGACUGACAUGCCCCCCAGAUCAGAAGAGGAGCUGGAUCCAGUCACUCUUCACAACCAGGCCCUAAUGAACAUGGACACCAAGCCCACAGAGGGUUUUGAGAAACUUGCUUUUCUCCUUCAGCAAAACCCCUUUCCUCCUGUCACUUUUGGCAACUUACUAUUGCUUUACUGUAAAUAUGAGUACUUUGACCUCGCUGCAGAUGUCUUGGCGGAAAAUGCUCAUCUCACUUACAAGUUUCUCACACCGUACCUCUAUGAGUUCCUGGAUGCCAUUAUCACAUGUCAGACAGCACCUGAGGAAGCUUUCCGAAAAUUUGACGAAAUUGCUGGAAAACUUACUGAGCAACUACGCAACGUUACGAAACAGGUGCAGGAAGCAAGGCACAACCAGGAUGAUGAAUCCCUAAAAAAAUAUGUCCAAGACUAUGACGAAGUUCUUGAGAGGUACAUCCCUGUACUAAUGGCACAGGCCAAAAUCUACUGGAACCGUGAGAACUACAGCAUGGUGGAAAAGAUCUUCCAUAAGUCACUGGAGUUCUGCAAUGAGCACGACACUUGGAAACUUAAUGUUGCUCAUGUGCUCUUCAUGCAAGACAACAAAUAUAAAGAAGCCAUUGGCUUCUAUGAGCCCAUCGUUAAGAAGCAUUAUGAGAAUCUGGAACAGUGUAACAUUCAAGAAUGUCCCUGCAAAACAAAACCCUCGAUCCUUAACGUCAGUGCGAUUGUUCUUGCUAACCUGUGCGUGUCAUACAUAAUGACCAGCCAAAAUGAAGAGGCAGAGGAACUGAUGAGGAAGAUAGAGAAAGAAGAGGAGCAAAUCUCAUAUGAUGAUCCAGACAAAAAAAUCUUUCAUCUGUGUAUUGUCAACCUUGUAAUAGGGACUUUGUAUUGUGCUAAAGGGAACUAUGACUUUGGCAUUUCUCGUGUCAUAAAGAGUCUUGAGCCAUACAACAAAAAGCUUGGAACAGACACGUGGUUCUACGCUAAGAGAUGUUUUCUCUCACUGCUGGAAAACAUGGCCAAGCACAUGAUCAUGCUCAAGGAUUCAGUGGUACAAGAGUGCAUUCAGUUCCUUGAGCACUGUGAAUUGUACGGAAAAGAUGUGCCUGCCAUCAUAGAGCAGCCUCUGGAGGAGGACCGCAUGCACAUUGGCAAGAACACCGUCACGUAUGAAUCACGCCUGAUAAAAGCUGUCUUCUGUGAAGUCACAGGAUGGAAUGAGUAGACAUUAAACAUCCUAUAACUAUAUUAGAACAAGAUAUUGGGCAAAUAUUCAUUACAGACCACAGUUUUCUGACUGGCGUUUUAAAGCCUAAAAGAUUUCAUGGCUGGAUGGUGGAAUGACUAAUAAGACAUCUCAACAUGGCUACUUUCUAAGCAGCUUUGGAGAGAUCAUGCUGUUUCUGGACGGAAGUCAAACAUGAAUUUUUAAGCAUGCAUUCGCUGUAAUAAUGAACCCACAGGGGUCCACUCCCUCCAAACAUGAAAGCUUAAAUAUAGCUGAAAUAUUCACCAACAAAGGGCAUUUUAUUUAUUUAAACUAACCUGUGUUUGCAUUAAAAUAAUAGCAUAUGCCUAUAUUUAACCUUUUAUGCACAGUUCAUUA